AUGGGCGACAUUGAACAGAAGACAAGAAGUCAAGUGAAGGAACUUGGUGGGCAACUGAGGGAAAUGUCCAUUGACAUGCGUGUCUUCUCCCUCACCAUGAGGUCCCUUUAUGCAGAGAAAGCUGUUGGCACCGAUCACGAACUUGCCCGAAGGUUUAGGGAACUUCGUGAGAAGACAAGGGACGACGCCAUGGUUUACCUCAAAGGCAUCCUCCCGACUUCAACCAAGUUUGUCGCUUCUAUAAGCGAGUACUUUGAGUAUUAUGAAGCUCUGGAAUAUGGAGAAUGGGUUGACAUGAUCUCAGACAUCCUUGAAGAGACCGUUGGUUACAGAGAGCUUUGCGAAGUGGUACUUAAGAUGCACGAAGACAUCUUGGUACCCCUUAAAAAAAGGAAAGACACAGCAAAUAUCAUGGUAACGGAAUUUAAAGAUCUUACAGAGGAAUACGAGAGGCAGAGGGAAGAGCUGGAAGCUGCAGCAAGCACCAAACGUGGAUGGGCAUGGUUUCUUUGUUUUAUUCCAGGCGUAAACAUGAUUGCAACUCCCUUGUUAGCAGCAGCUGCAGAAUCAGAUUUGGCAGAGGCAGUUGCCAAAGGCAAGCAAGCUCAAAUUGCAGAGGCCGCUUCAAUCACAGUUGGUACAGUCCUAAUCCCUGCUCUUGAGCAUUUCAUAGAUGGCCUUAGAAAGGCAGCAGGAUUCUUCGCGGUAAUGGAACAGGAAUUGCGCAAGUUUGAAGGCAAAGCUGAAAAAGCCAAGGACAACCCCAAAAAGCUUUACUACAAAGUGAUGAACAAGGAAGCGAAAGACAUGAAGUCUAUCUGCCAAAUCUUCUAUGCAGCCCUUCCAGACGUUAAGACCGACUUUCUGGCCAUUCCUCAAGAGGGAACAAACCAAAAUUAUGUCGACCAAUGGCUGGAGAAGCAAAAGAAAACAAUCCGUGAAAAAUGCAAUGUCCCCAAGCUUGCCCAAAAGUUAUUGCAAGCCAUCACUGAUUGAAUCUUACCUUGAUGUUCCUUGGGUAAACACUCCGCAGUUCCAUUUACAUUAAUUUUACAACAUAGAUCAUUUAACUUUAAUUUUUUAUCUUAUAUACAUAUAUAUUUUUAUCUCAUGGCUAGUCAAGAAAGGUAAACUUCAACAAAAGUCUCCAGGUUAAGAAGCUCUAGCUGAUAUCGACCUUUAAAGAUUUGACUUUGUGUUGCAUUGUUAUUUCCAAAUGGUAGGCCAAAUAAGUAAGAAUACCACUUUGAACGUUUUAAAGACUGUGUUAGAUUUGACUAGACAGUUCAAAACAAUUUGGAGGACGUUUGCAAAUACCAUUGGUGAGAGACUGCCUUUAGUGCUCAAGUAUGUUGGUGGUGUGUAAAAUUAUUUCAGAUACAUAUGCACAUGGCGCUGUGUAAAUUUUAGUUGGCUUAACCUCCAAUUUAAUACCUCCAAUUGUCAGAAUGCAUUUAGAUAUUUUUUCUAGAAAUUCAUUAGCCGGACUUAAUUAUUGGGUACCAUACAGCUAAUUUGAGAAAAGCUGUCUUAAGAAAGGGCAUAAGCGUGCGACGGUCAAGGCCUCUCGAUUAUUGGCCAGUUGGAAAACGUCCUUUCAAGACCACAUUCAGUGGGAACUGCAUGUAAACCAUACUGUUAAAAACAGUCUUAUGUUCUUUGCCAGUCCGGGAUGCUUAUCAAUAUUGCAACCUCGUUCCCAGUCGUCCUCGGAUGUGACGUCACCUGUCAAGCUUGUCGAUAAAAUUCGCGAUCAGUUCCAAGCCUCCUCUGCUAACUCGGAUAGGGCGAAGUGGCCUGGGGACGAGGCUGUCAAUUUUGAUAAAUAAGACCAAAACAAACCAAUAACCACGCGGUGUCAAGAUUCAAGUCAACGUGCAUGAACCAAAGGAACACGAGGGUUUCAUUACAUUUUUUGCUAAAUAGUAGCACUGAUGUUUCGUGGCAUGAAAAAGUGCUGGAAUAAAGUAUCCCAGAUCGUACAGUUUAUAAGAAAACCUUUAUCUUAACCUUUAUCUGUAUAUAUAGUCAUGAGGACAAUUAACUGCAAAACAGUUUUCAUGUUAAUCAACCGAUUUUAAGCGUGUACAAGAUUUUUGUGUAGUUAAACGAGAAAAUGUGUGAACGUUUUACGUAUAGAUCAAUUUGUAAUCAUUGUCUUUUUUCACUGCGGUUUUAUCUCACCUUAAAAAUAAAAAUCUUUAAGAAAUGGUUUGUGUUAACGACAGUUACAUUUCCUUGUAAUUUGGUGCGCCAAUACUGCCGAUAUUGGGUGGGGAAACAGAAAAAAUAACCAUACCAGGCAGUUAAUGAUCUUAAAAAGAGAUUAUCAUGCAUCUUAUGAAUAUACUUCAAAUUGCGUGCAUUUAAAUCUCAUUUCGAGUUUAACCAUUUGACGACCGUCACUAGGGGAAGUGAACAAACAGCAUUUUUCACCCAUUCCUCUUUUUUGGACUGGUUUUCGGCUAAUUAGCAAGAGAAUGGCUAAAAAUGAGCUUUGCACAAAUAGGGGCAUAUUUUCCGAUAAAUAGGCAUACACGUAAGCCAAAAUUUGGACUUGUUUUCAAUUUUCGAAUCUAUUUCGAUCUUUCUUUCUCGCUCUCUUCACUCUCUUUGCCUUUCUUUUUUAUAGCCAGUUUUUUUGCCCACUUUACUACCGUGCUUUCGUUUGCAUGGAAUUGAGCCUCAAUCAGUGACGUUUUAUUUAAGGGACAAAUUUGAGGUGGCUCUAUGGGGUUUUUUUAGGGUCUCUCCCAAUUUCGAGUUACGUUGCUGUUAACAAGGGCUUAGAAAAAUUUCCACCACAGCUGCACUGUAAAUCAGAAAAAUGUGUUUUAGCCCUGAAAAUAGGGCCGUUUCGGUGAGUAAAAUACAGUCCUAUUUUUGAGUCUAAUUUGGUUCCCUUAAAUCAGGGCGAAUACAGUCCAAUUAGCUAGGGCUGAUUUGGUCCCAGGGCUGAAAUGGGCCCUACCGUGGGCUGGAAUAGCCUUUUGAUUCACCUUUUUUGGGCCUAGAUUGUGGUCAAAUGGCUCCAGGGAGGGCUGAAUCAGACUUUGGCCUGCAGGGCUGAAUUGACACUUUGGGGCUGAAGCAGUUCUUUUUAAUUUUCAUUGUGUAUAAGAUAAAGAUGCCGAAGAUUUGUUAUGAUCAGUCGGGGUUACAACUACAUCGGAGUUGUCAUAGAAACGAAAAAGUAAGGGAAAUAAGUAAAAUAAGGGCUACAAUUCGCUAAUAUUUUGUCGGAAAUUUCAUGUUUACAAGUGAAAACCACUCAAUAUUCAGACGUAUUGUCUCCAAGUUUCAUAUUUUCGUGGGCAACAAUAGCAAACAUUUCCGAAUAUUUCAAAUGCAUUGUUAGUUACUGUUGUUCAUCACCUGAAAAUAAAAUUGGAGACAACACCCGUGAACAAUCAGAAUCUCUCACUAGUUAAUACGAAAUUUUCGACAAAAUGUUAGCGAAUUGUAGCCCUUAUUUUACUUUCUUACAAGAUAUCAAUAAUCUUGAAACUCAAAGUUCUUAUGAAUUGACGGUUCAAGAAUCUCAAUUUUUUUUAAAACAGCCUAUCAAGCCGUUUUCAAAUUAUUUGCUUAUUUGCUUAAGUGGACCAAAAUGUUUACAAAACCGCUAACAAGAGCUCAUCGAUACAUUGUAAUCAAAUGCUUCUUUCUAGAAAUCGGCUAAAGUUAUCUCCAUGAUUUUUCACACACGGUUUUAAAAAGAUUGAAACUAUUAUGAGGUGAAAUUUCAUUUCAAAAGCGCUUUGAUUUCUACAGAUAACGGCCGAACAUCAAGAUUCUCCAGUUUUAACUGUAUUUCUAAUAACCAUAAAAACUUCAUUAUCCCAAAAUAUCUCGAUAACGCUCAUACAGAUUUCGCUUAAACGGACAGGUUCACGGUUAAGCGCAUGCUUAUUAAUUAAAUUGCUUUUUUCCAAUUUAUUAUUAAUUCUCUCGGUUAAUAAUCCCACUUACAUGUAUCUCAGCGAUCUCAGAGUGUAUUUCAAAGUAGAAGUGUAUUUCAGAGUAAGCUAAAGUAGGAUGGAGGAGUACUAAAAUCGCAGAAGAAAUUAGUAGAUUAUGUUAACACUACCAAAGUGUUGAAACGUCAGUCACUGUCAAUAACAACAGUCCUAUUCAGGACUACGUUCACCUGGACGAUCAAACUCAACCUACUUUUGAAAGUUGAAUUUAUUGUUGACCGGAAGGUUUUAUUCCAUGGUUGAUUAAUUUACAGCUAUUUGCAAAUAUUUAAGUUGAUCAAGUGCAAGUGACUGCCAGGGGAGUGUGCAGAUUAGUUAUUUGACAACAUUAUGAAAUGGUCAUAUUGCUUGCAUGGACGAUACAGCAUGUCCCGGCAGAAAAACAGCAUAUUGAUAAAUGAGCAUGAGCUGAACCGUGAACCUGUCCCUUUAAACUUCACUAACAUCGAGGGGGCUGUUGGAGGAAAAAGUUCUCGUGAAUGAUUUUGGAAGAAGAGUUCCCAGUGCCGAGAAAUAUACGGCUACAAAUAAAAUAGGUAAUGGCGUCAUUUCCUUGCUAUGACAACUCCGAUGUGUAACCCUGAUCAUAACAAACUUUCAUCUUUAUCUAAUACAGCUGUGUUGGUAAUUUUUCCAAAUCAUCGUUGAUGGCAACCUACAUAGUUUAUUCUCAAACCUGGAAGGUAAAAAUUAAAGCAAAGCAAGGAUUUGAAGUCACUCAUGGGAAUCAAACUCGAAACCACCCUGGGGGCGGUCGGAAGAUGCGGUAGUCCCUUUGGUAACCCAGGCUCUGUGAUAGUACCGUGGACUGGUCCGUGAGGUGGUCCAAGGACCCAGCCCCCCUAGUACGUUAGAACGGGCCAUUUCGGUGUACCUUUACAACGCCUACUAGACCAUGCACGCAAGCUAAACCAGCGAGUCGGAUUUUCGCGCGUUCCUUACAUUGAUGUAUUCCACAAGAUAGAAUUGUAGUGUAAUUCAUAGUUUUAGGGAAAGCUGCAACUUGCUUUGGGACUUACAAAUAGAAUUUUUUUAAUACACAGAUGGCGGACAUCGAGAAAUCUGCAAGAGAUGCAGUCGUUGAGCUUCAUCAGCAAAUUCAAACUAUGACAAAUAAUCUGCGAUCGUUUUCUUCUUCUAUGCGGUACCUUUAUGAAGAAAAGGAUAGCUUCACCUUUUUUUCAGGAGCAGGCAUGAAACUUAAACAACUAAGAGAUGACUCAAGAAGCGACGCCAUGGUGGUUCUCAAAGAAGUUCUUCCACUUUCGACCAAGUUUGUUACAUCUGUGAGCAAUUUUUUCGAUUGGUAUGAAGGCCUAGAGUUUCAGCAGUGGUGCGAAAAAAUCCCCUGGAUUCUGCAAAAGACGGUUGAUUACAGACAACUCAGUGAAAUGCUCUUGAAAAAGUAUGAAGCCACUCUCACUCCGCUAAAGAAGAGACAGGACCAUGCACGGCUUCUCGUAACAGAAUUGGGGGAUCUUGAAAGAAGCUAUGAAAGGAAAAAGAGAGAACUUGAAGACACUGCAGCUACCAAGCGAGGCUGGGCCAUUGGACUCGCUUUUGUUCCGGUUGUAAACUUGGUAGCAUCGCCUGCACUAGCAUGUUCAGCGCAGUCCGAUAUUGAAGAAGCAGCCAGACAAGGUGCCUUGGCAGCGGUCCAAAAAGAUGCUGCAAGAAAAGUCAGUGGAAAGUUGAUCCCUGCACUGCAAGACUUUGUCGCUGGCGUCACAAAAGCAGCAGGUUUCUUCUCCGUAAUGGAACAGGAAUUUCGAAAAUUCGAAGGUAAAGCUGAAAAAGGAAAUGAUACCCGCAAGUUUCUUCACUACAAGGUGAUGAAAAAGGAGGCGAGGGAUAUGAAGUCCAUCUGCCGGGUUUUUAAUGCGGCCCUACCGGAAGUGCAGAGGGACUUGUCGUUGAUGGAAGGAAGUGGAAUCAUGUCAUUGCUGGACGUUAUUCUUAGGUGUUUAACAGCACAUUAAUUGUAGCUACGUUUUCCCAAACAAAGCUUCCCAGGCAAUGUCGCGCAACAAACGAUUUAUAGACUUAUUCUGUGGACAAUUCAACAUUAUUUUCGAAACUCUGAAUUAUAUUUAUAGAGUAGAAGUAAGUGUGAAACUGGUUAUUCAAGUGUGGCUAUGUAACAUUCAAUUUUAUGCUCUAAAAGACGUACAAGCUGUUGAGUUUUCUAAGUGAUUUGAAAACUGUGAUAAAGGGUCACGUGACGCAAAGAAUUUCUUAAAAGACGUUACUUGUAACCCAUCAGUAACAAAUUUAGUGUUGCCCGUCUGUGAUUCAGUUUCAAGAAUCUACAUGCAACAUACAAGUGCUAAAUCCCGAUUAUACUAUUUGCGAAAGCGAAAUUAAGUUGAAUCACGUCACAGCAGAGUCGCAAACAGUUGUCUGGUAUUGGUCCAGGGCUUUCAGAUAGACUUUUGCCUGUUUUUCUUCACACGUUAUAUCUGACAUUUCUCUACGCUAACUUCAUCAAAUUACAGUCUCCAUAAAUGCGUGACAGAAAACUUUUUUUGAUAUUAACUCGAAAUAUCAUACCUUAUUAAUUUCAAAGCAACAGAUAAAAUACUUGAAGAUUGUUUUAACAUGUUUAAUAUUCAAGAUAGACCCAUUUCCUGUAAAAAGAAAAAAAAUUAAUUGGUUAAUUUUUUCUUUGAAGCAUUCCGAAUAGGAAAAUCCAAGACUUUGCGUGAAUCAUUAUACCCAAUGAUGUAUAAAAUUAUUUAAUCAAAUGUGCUGAUUGCUAUAAUUUUUCUUACCAUUAUCUUAAUCUAAUUUUUGUAUGCAGCACCAUCCGUAACUGAUAUAUACGUAACUGGUAAUGCAAAUAAAGAUUGAUG